GUGGAGCUGACAGACAUGUUUGGGGAGAUCCAGUCUCCCAACUUCCCUGACUCCUAUCCCAGUGACUCGGAAAUGACGUGGAACAUCUCUGUGCCUGAUGGAUUUAAAAUCAAGCUGUACUUCAUGCAUUUUGACUUGGAGUCAUCCUACCUCUGUGAAUACGACUAUGUGAAGAUUGAAACUGAGGACCAGGAGUUGGCAACCUUCUGUGGCAGGGAGACAACAGACACAGAGCAGACUCCAGGACAGCAAGUGAUCCUGUCCCCAGGGCCCUACAUGGGGCUCACCUUCAAGUCUGACUUCUCCAACGAGGAACGCUUCACUGGCUUCGAUGCCCAUUACACCGCUGUGGAUGUGGAUGAGUGCCUGGAGAAGAGUGAUGAGGAGCUGGCUUGUGACCACUACUGCCACAACUACAUUGGCGGGUACUACUGCUCCUGCAGGUUUGGCUACAUCCUCCACUCUGACAACAGGACCUGCAAAGUGGAGUGCAGUGACAACCUCUACACCCAGAGGAGUGGGGUGAUCACCAGUGCUGACUUCCCCAGCCCCUACCCCAAGAGUUCGGACUGCCUGUACCGGAUAGAGCUGGAGGAAGGUUUCUUCAUCACCCUCAACUUCGAGGACAGCUUUGAUGUGGAAGACCACCCCGAGGUGACCUGUCCAUAUGACCACAUCAAGAUCAAAGCAGGACAAAAGGAGUUUGGACCUUUCUGUGGAGAAAAGUCCCCAGGACGCAUUGAAACCCAAACCAACAGUGUGCAGAUCCGCUUCCACAGUGACAACUCUGGAGAGAACAGGGGCUGGAAGUUGUCAUACACUGCAAUUGGAAAUCCAUGCCCGCUGGUGCAACCACCAAUCAAUGGAAAAAUUGAGCCUUCUCAAGCCAAGUACACCUUCAAAGACCAGGUUGUCAUCAGCUGCAACACUGGAUACAAAGUGCUGAAGGAUAAUGUGGAAAGUGACUCCUUCCAAAUCGAGUGUCUGAAGGAUGGCACAUGGAGUAACAAGAUCCCUAUCUGCAAAAUUGCUGAUUGCAAAGCGCCGCCGGAGCUGGAGCAUGGCUUUGUCACCUUCUCCACCAGCAACAACCUGACCACCUACCAAGCAGCCAUCCAGUACCACUGUCAGCACCCCUACUACCACAUGGCCCCCAACAGCACUGCCACCUACACGUGCGAUGCAUUGGGGCAGUGGAGGAGUGAGGAGCUGGGGACCAAGCUGCCAUCCUGCCGACCAGUGUGUGGCCGGCCAGCUCGCCCUCUGCCUGGCAUCAUCAAGCGCAUCAUCGGCGGGCGGAACGCAGAGCCCGGCUUCUUCCCCUGGCAGGCCCUGAUUGUGGUGGAGGACAUGUCCCGAGUGCCCAACGACAAGUGGUUUGGCAGCGGGGCCCUGCUCUCAGAGUCCUGGGUGCUGACGGCUGCCCACGUGCUCCGGUCCCAGCGGCGGGACAAGACCAUCAUCCCCGUCUCCAAGGAGCACGUCACCGUCUAUCUAGCCCUUCAUGAUGUCAGGAACAAGAUGGAAGCUGUCAACAGGACAGUGGAGCGGAUCAUCCUCCAUGAGGAGUUUGACAUCCAGAACUACAACCACGACAUUGCGCUGGUCAAGCUGAAGGAGAAGGUGACCAUGGGGAAGUAUGUCAUGCCUGUCUGCCUGCCCCAGUUUGAGCACGAGCUGGAAGGGCCUCACCCCAACACGCUGGGACUGGUGGCUGGCUGGGGGAUCUCCAACCCCAACAUCACGGUGGAUGAGAUUAUCAGCUCAGGCAUGAGGACCCUGUCUGACAUCCUGCAGUACGUCAAACUGCCUGUGGUGCUGCACGCCGAGUGCAAGACCAGCUACGAGUCACGCUCAGGCAACUACAGUGUGACCGAGAACAUGUUCUGUGCCGGCUACUAUGAGGGGGGGAAGGACACUUGUUUGGGAGACAGCGGGGGAGCCUUCGUCAUCCAGGACCCAGGAACGCGGAGGUGGGUGGCCCAAGGGCUGGUCUCAUGGGGUGGCCCAGAGGAGUGUGGCAGCAAGCAGGUGUAUGGUGUGUACACCAAGGUCUCUAACUAUGUGGACUGGGUGGAGCAGAAAACAGGCUCCUCAGACAGAUGGACAUUUCUGGACCCAGAGCUGGAGAGAUGA